UACCCGUGGCUGACUUCUCGUGUCUGGCGUUUACAAACAGUAAAUGAACGCGAGAUAAACCGUGUUGUCGUUGACGAACGUGAGAUCGUACUAGCCGUGUGUUGUAGCAAGACAUAAAUUACGCAAGAAAUCAUCCAAAAUGAGUGAGGUGCGCCUGAAGAAGGAUAAGAAUCAGCAUAUACAGGUUUUCGUGCGCGUGAGACCAGUAAAUCAAAGCGAGAAAGUCGGAAAGUUUGUCUCCGUGUUGGAGUUGCCAAAUAACAAAGAAAUAGUGGUGCAUGAAAAAUCACAAGGCAAUUAUUCAAAGAAAUUCACGUUUGACAAAGUAUUUGGACCUUCUUCGAAACAGGUAGACGUGUACAAUGCCGUUGUUAAUCCGCUGCUUGAAGAAGUAUUGGCUGGAUAUAAUUGUACAGUUUUUGCUUACGGCCAAACUGGAACUGGAAAGACGUUUACUAUGGAAGGUGUUAGCAAUGAUCCAACAUUGCAUUGGCAAAGUGAUACUAAAGCAGGAAUUAUACCACGUGCAUUGAGUCACUUAUUUGAUGAGUUACGCAUGUUGGAAGUACAAGAAUAUACAGUACGAGUUAGCUUUCUUGAAUUAUAUAAUGAAGAAUUAUUUGACUUGCUGUCACCCACUGAUGAUGCAUCUAAAAUAAGGCUUUAUGAGGACGCUACGAGAAAAGGUUCGGUGAUAAUUCAUGGAUUGGAGGAAGUGACUGUACACAACAAAAAUGAAGUCUACAAGAUACUGGAGAAGGGAUCAGAGAAAAGACAAACGGCUGCAACUUUGAUGAAUGCUCAUUCAAGCCGUUCCCACACAGUAUUUUCAAUUACUAUUCAUAUAAAGGAGAAUAAUGUGGAUGGGGAAGAGCUCUUAAAAACAGGAAAAUUGAACUUGGUAGAUUUAGCUGGGAGUGAAAAUAUUGGAAGAUCUGGUGCGGUUGAUAAGAGAGCAAGAGAAGCAGGAAAUAUUAAUCAAUCGCUAUUGACUCUUGGUCGAGUUAUAACAGCACUUGUUGAAAGAGCACCUCACAUACCGUAUCGGGAAUCAAAAUUAACAAGACUUUUGCAAGAGUCAUUAGGCGGACGUACGAAAACGUCAAUCAUUGCAACAGUGUCUCCAGCGGGCAUAAACCUUGAGGAAACCUUGUCGACAUUAGAUUAUGCUCACCGUGCUAAAAAUAUUACGAAUCGUCCCGAGAUCAAUCAGAAGCUGUCUAAAAAGGCAUUACUUAAAGAGUAUACAGAAGAAAUUGAGAGGCUUAGGAGAGAUUUGCUGGCAGCACGUGAACGAAACGGUGUAUAUUUGGCGCAUGAGAAUUAUAAUGAGAUGCAAGCAUUAAUUGAAAAUCAAACCAAGGAAAUUGAAGAAAAAAUAACUCACAUUAAAGUACUUAAAGAAACUAUGGAAGCUAAAGAGCAAAUUUUUACCGAUUUGCAAACAAAGCAUAUCGAACAAACCAAUUAUCUACAUGAAACCAAGGAACAAUUAGAAACUACUACACAUGCUUUGAAAUCGACUUCAGCACUUUUGCACAUGACAGAACGUGAGAAAGAGGAACAGAGUUACUUAGUAGAAAAACAUGUAUCUACAGAAAAACAACUUCUGUCGCAAGCACAAAAACUCUUGAAAGUAGCUGAUGCAGCAACAGUUGAUGUAAAUAAGCUUCAUGAUAAAAUUUCUCACAAGAGACAAUUGGAGCAGGAAAACGAACAUAUCAGUCAUCAGUUCCGGAAUAAUAUUGCAAAACAGAUUCAAAACGUGGAAAAUAAUGUUGCAGAUUAUACGCAAGAAUUCAUAGAAUUUUGUACUUCGACGAACAAUAACAUUAACUCACAAAUGGAGUUGUUUAAAAAGGAUAUUGAUUCGAUGAUCUGCCAUAUGUCAAAUGACAUUAUUAAUAAAGAAAAAGUAGCGAUAGAUAAAUUUACAGAGAACAUAAAUAAUUCAUACAAACACUAUCAUCAGUGGCUAGACACAGAAACGGCAUAUUCAUCUGACAUGACCCAGCGUGAACGCAAUUUUUUGAAUGAUGUAUCUCUAAAACUGACAUCAAAAAUUAAUAAUUUGAUAGAAAUUAAUAACAUGGAAAUUGUAAAGAAUUUACAUCGUUUAAAUGACGAUGUAUCUCAUAAGUUUGAUAAAUUAUUGUCACAUACAAAUGAAUCAAUAAGACAACUUUGUAACUACAGGUUGCAAGAACGUGAUAAUUCGUACAAAAACGCAGAUGAGAUAAAACAGAAUGUACAAUCUAUUCACGAAGGUAAUAGUAAAAUUAUGGAGGAGCAAGAAAUCUUUAAAAAGUCAUUUGAAACUCUGUAUCUACAAUUUAUCAAGUUAAAUAAAAAUGUGACCGAGAAACAUUCCACCGCAAACGCCACCUUAAAUCGCGUUAGUGAGAUUUGUGACAGUACGACUAGUGACAUUCUCAAUAAUUACCACAAAGCUGUUGAGAGAAAUGAGAUUAUGCAACAGAGAAUUCAGAGCGAUGUGGAUACACUCAAAAACGAUAUUACAUCUAACAUGGAAGAGAAUUGGACAUUAGCAGAACAAAUUGCAAUACAUAGCCGAAAUUUGACCGACGAACUUCAAACUGAUUUAAAUAAUCACUGCGAUGCACUAGCGCAGAACAAACUACAUGUCGAAGAUAACAUGAAACAAAUGGAACAAAAAUUCAAGGAAGAUAAUUCUUCUUCUGUUGAAUCUGCCAAGAAUCUGUAUGGCAUACUAAUUGAAGGAAGUCAUGAUCACGAAAAGCUUGCGGAAGAAUUAAGAAAGAAAAAUCUACAAGCAUCCAUAGAAUUGAAUGUUAAACUUACAAGUGCAAGUAAGAAUUCGUCUUUCUGGAAUGACAAGACAAUUACAGAAUUGCAUUCAGUGCAGGAAAGUGUUGAGAAAUUUGUCGAAGAUUUACGGCAUGAUACGCCAACAGGUUCAACGCCAGCUAGAAAAGAAUAUCGAUAUCCGCGAUACCUUGCUGAAACUUCGCCACAUGAACGAAUUAUUCAGAGAUUCAGGGAAACAAGAAAUUACCUGGUCGAUAUAUCUGACAAUGAAGAAACUGUAUUGGUCAACAAUAACUCGCCGAAGAAGAAAUGUCCGAAUGCAAAUUGAAUACUUCAAUCGGUAAUUAAUUGUAUUUUAUACUUAUAUCAUAAAAAUUAAUUAACUAUAUACAUUAGGUUUAUGAGAUAAGAAUAUUUUUAUACAAUAAUACGAUGUAAUUAACAGUAUAAAUAAAUCAUUGACAGAAAA